UGUGCCUGUAGCGCGUGCAGUGAUGAUGUUUGCCUGCAUUCCCAUGCCGACGAUUAGAGCCCAACUCUCCAAAAUCAUGGAUUCUCAGAUGUACGGACGCGUGUUCGGUCUGCUGCAGUCUGCCCUGGCUGUCACUGAGGUCCUGUCCACCGUCUUCUUCAGCUCUGUUUACCCUCGAACUCUGAGCUGGUACCCUGGACUCUGCUUCCUUAUCUCCAGCACCAUCAGCUACCUCAGUGUCAUUCCAAUUCUUUACCUAAACUGGAGAGGUAUCAGGCAUGGCUAUGUGGCAAUUCUGGAUGUUGACCAUUCCUACCACAGCAUAAAUACUGCAGAGGGCUAAAUGUCUGAAGAACAUCUCGCCUGGAAGCACACCGUUAAAGAGAAUCAAUGUUUGAAACAACAUUUCAUUAAGGUUUUCAUUUCUUUUACCUGUAUUUCAGUGAAGCUAUGCUCAAUUCUCCAAAAGUAUUAUAAGAAGUUUUAUUUGAAUUAAUGAACAACCAUGACGAGGCUGAAUAUGGAUGUUUCUUUGUACUGUUGUAGUUUCUUUUAAUUUGCAUAUUAGUGUUAGAACAAGUUCUGAAACACUGACUGAAAGAUGAAAGGAAUAAGUGCCUUAAAGAUUACAAAGCAAGGUUCAGCCAGGAAAUCACCGUGACGACAUCUCAAACACGCACUUCUAGCUUCUAGCCUACUUUUUGACAACUUUUCUUGAACAUGUUUGUUUCCGGGACUAUAGGCAGUGCUGGGCAUCUUGUUUGCAGGACUGACGAUGCUGGAAAAACCCUCGAAGUCUGACAAAAAAAAAAGACCCCGAUAUCCUUUGAAAAAGACCCCAGAAUCAGGAGGAUUAUCCACAGUUGAGACAUCUUGCUCAGCUCCAUCUGGAGCCAAUAGACUAACAUCUCUACCAGCUGAGGGCCACAUUCAUGUCUUCCUUCAUUCCAUGCUCUCGCUUCCAUCACGUGCUUAUUCUUUGGUUCCUGCCUGGCUCCUCCACCGCAGUUGGAGCUGUCACUGUGGUGAAGGACCAUAUCUCGGCAUGGUUGGCUUCAUGGAGCCGCCUGACGAUGCAGUUUUGGUGCAAAUUAUUGUUUACUUUUUAAAUUUGUUUGCACAACAUUUAAUGUCUGCAUAAUGUGUACUGUCUUUGCACUCUGUCUCAUUUCGCACUAUAUGUUUGAUUGUUUGCACUUUACAUGCAAUAAAAGUCAUCUUACCUUAUCUUACCAGUCAAUCUACUCAAAGCAAAUGAAACUAACUGUUUGGGAACCUCUGACUCCGUAACAGCAAACACAAGGUUAAAU